UCGGCUGCAGUACUCCCGUUUUAUAGGGUUUAGCUCGUCAAAUGAGAAGUUAAUGAUCGUCACGUUAAAAACUGAAGAAAAUUUGCUGAAAUUCUAGAGUUUAUUCACAGGUCGAAAAAAGGAUAACUACGAUUUUAUUGUUUUUAAACGUGUCAUGGAGGAUGUUAUUUUAACAUUUCUGACAGAAUUACAGUUAGAAUGACAUUCCAUUCCCAGCUUGUGACGAUCGAUCCUGUUCGACGGUUAUUGGCGAAAUAUCCCUGUGUGCAGCAAGACUACGAAAGUUUCUGGUGGUGGGAACUAUAUCUUGCGAACUGUAGAAUCAAUUCAGAAAAUUUUAUUGCUGGAGCAAUUUUGAAGUAAGGUGACAUAACAUUGUCAUAUUUUGGUGGUUUUGAAGUUAGCUGAUGAUGUGUUUUGUUCCAGUUAAAUCAGUUUGGUGGUAGUGACUAGUGAGUGUGCUCGCUACUAUUUUACUUUGCAACCUUGAAUCUAAUUUGCAGUAUGAAAUAAAUAAAUGCAAUAUAUCAUUUAACUUGCCAUGUUUCAACGAUCGAGAGCGUGUCUGAUAAGAUUUGCAUCUAAAAAGAUGUAAAAUUCGCAAUAGUAAUUCUAAUUGGCCAUUUUUACACACCAAACCACCUGACUUCUAAAGUAUGGAGCCUGCUGUACACUUUCCCAAAAUGUCUCUUGAUGCAUGUUGCAUAUUUCGUCACAUGCAGAAAUACUUCAGAACAGUCAAACCCGGAGAAGUCUGAGCUUCAUUGCAGCAGGUGUGAAAGAAAAUUCAAGAUUACAUUUUCAUAGCAGUGAUGUUGCUGACCAAUGUGACAUGUUGCAGCCCAUGAAGAUAUUUUUGCAUCAGGUUUAUCUUUAUAUAGCAGCGAUUUUCAUGUCCAAAGAAUAUGUUGCAGCCUAUGCAGAUGUUAUACCAAAUAUUUAUAAAUUCCUAAGGGAAAAAAUAUUAGAAGGAAAAAUCUGUAACAAAGAUAAGUUUAACCAAAAAACAAUGGCUAUACUAUUGGGAAAGUGCUUUGGAAUUAAUAGAAGGGUGGAUUUUAUUAACUGAAUGAAAAAUGAUGAAUUAAAGCUUAAUAUAGUAAAAUUCACAUUAACAAAUAAGUAACAAUCCACAAUUUUAUAACCAUUGUUUAUUUAAUGGAACUAAUCAAAUUAUUAUUACUAAAUACUUAAUAAAAUAAUAAAUAAAUAAACACUAAAUAAAAUAAUAAAUAAAUAAACACAAUGUACUUUUCAAUGCAAUUUAUGUGCGUUAAUACUUCAAAUAAUUUGCAAUUAUCGUUUGAAAUUCUUUGCGAGGCGCAUUUGCUAAAAACUCGAACAAUGAGCUAUAAAAAAGAAGUAUUUACCUUGAUUGAAAAUGUCCAGAGAAAAUACUUGGACAAAGAGAAAUAGAGAAGAAUCAGAACUUCGGCCAAUUUGAUGGGUGGCCCAA